AAAUUUCUUUGUUCGCCGACAACCCUGCCACAUGCUGUUCCGUCCAGCUGUUUUGGGCUUUUCGAGUGGUCACACUGUUUUAGAAAUGAGGCACGUACAAUUCUUGGCCCGCACCGUCCUUGUGCAAAACAACAAUGUGGAGGAGGCGUGUCGCUUGCUCAAUCGAGUGCUGGGCAAGGAAGAGCUCCUCGACCAGUUUCGCCGCACUCGGUUCUAUGAGAAGCCCUACCAGGUGCGUCGUCGUAUAAAUUUCGAGAAGUGCAAGGCCAUUUAUAACGAGGAUAUGAACCGCAAAAUUCAGUUCGUCCUACGCAAGAAUCGCGUUGAGCCUUUCCCAGGAUGCAGUUAGUCGCUGUUUCACGGCGUUUUUGGGGCAAUAAAAUUUAGAAAAGUUGUUAAGAAAA